UUUAUAAAUACGAAUUGGUGAUUAACAAAAUUCGCCACCUUUGUACUAAUGACAGUAUUAGCAUUUAACUAUGUUUCCAGAUCUUUGACCUGCCUCACAUUAGUCAAUAAUAUAGAGGCCCGAAAUUACUAAAUCGGUAUUCUCAGAAUAUUCGUAAAUAUUAGCCCCAUAACUACAGAACAUUACUUAUUCAAAGAAUUAAAUUGGCCGCACAGAAUAUAAUUUAAGUCUCGGAUGGCAUAGUUGUUCAUUGCCAUUCACUAUAACCAUUUUUGGUUCUGUUACUGAUGCGCAGGCUGAAUUGUAAACUAACUCAGCAUAUAAACAUACAAGCGCAAGGGUGAGGAUGC